AUGACAAAUGAAGUAUUCUGUAAUAGUAAUACAUUACAAGGUUUCAUGAAAUCUGCCGGCAGAAUUAAUUUGAAUGAUAUGGAGGAUUUUGAUGGCGUCGGCGAUAGAAGUAAUGAUGCUGAUUUAUUUUUCACGGCUAUAAUAUCAUCAAAAUCAUCGACGGGUUUCACUACAACUAGGACAAAUAGCUCAUAUCAAGCCAGUGUUACAGAAGAAUUAUCAGGUCUAAUUGUGGAAGAAAUGUUAAAGCGUUUAGAGAAGAUAAUAUAG